UGUCCUCUUUGAUCUCUCUCCUAAGCUCUAACGGAGAAGGAGAAGAUAUCUGAAAGCCUAGUAUCCCUCUGGUAGCAGCAUGGUAACCGCAGUGGGCGAACCGCCGAGCAUCCUGGACCGAGUGGACCGACUGGACGCCUUGCUGGGAUAUCUGGAGAGGAGAGAGAGCCGGGUGGCGGUGGCGAAGAGCCCACGCGCAUCCACGACGUCCAGCGGGACGAUCACCACGAGUGAUGGCGGCAACUCGUCCGUCAACUCCUCCCCUAAGUGCUCGGCAAGAAGGCGGUGCCGCCCGGUCCACGACGUCAUGAUGGAGGUCCAGACCAAAGGCAACAUCAUGGACCGUGUCGACCAGCUCGAGUACCGGCUUCUGAAGUUGGAGGAAGAUAUGGAACACGAGAAGAAGAGGGAAGAGGAGGAGAGGAGCCCGAGAAGUGGCGACAAGAGAAAACAUGGGAAAGGUUUGAAGAGUCUGGUGAAGUCUUGUGUGAAGGGAAACCUCAAGACCAAGGACUGAGUGAACCAAUUCUUGUCGAGCUUUUUCUGGAGCUGGGUUUCGUUUCAUCUGCUCGUUCCCUCAGGAAAAUAACCGCCGUGUUUUUCCUACCUUGAGAGCGUCUUUAGGCUUUCUGUAUAGUCGUCCAAAAGUAGGAGGGAUGGAUGGGUUGAGCUCUUUGCAGGAAGUCCUUCAAAGCGUCAUGUAAGUAUGAACAACAAAUAUUUAAUAAGCAGCAGUUAAGGUUUUUGUAUAGUAUGGAGGGAUGGACACGCACCUACGGAAUCAUUAGAGAGCACACAUGCUAGUCAAAAGAUGGUUGAUAAUAUGAUUUUUAGUUGA